UUAGGAUGGACAUUGUGGGAGUUACAUGGACUGAACUUAUUAAAUGUGUUCAGUUGUACGCUCACGCUCGGGGGAAGGUGUCUCGCAUUGCUGUGCAACGUUCAUCUUUAUUUCAUUUUUCAAAUGAGUGGCGUUGUUAUCCCGCAUUUCGGUAUUUUUUGUAACUUUUCAGUGCAGAGACAGUUUGCGCCCACUCUUUGGACCGUGACGCCAAUUUAAAACGUUCUCAAAUGAGUUUUUGUGAUGUUAAAUUUUGAACAGCUGAGGGUCAUAAGGUUUGCACUGAUUUACUCACAAUGACUGAGGAGAGCAGAACUGAGCACAGAGCUGAAAGCGGGAAGGACUUGGAGAAACAGCUACGAUUACGAGUGUGCGUCCUAAAUGAACUUUUAAAGACUGAACGGGAUUAUGUCGGGACGCUAGAGUUUCUCUCGGUGUUUCUGCAUCGACUCAACCAGUAUGCAGCGGCCAAAAUUGACAAGAACAUCACAGAGGAAAUGGUUAAGGUUUUAUUCUCCAACAUUGAAGAGAUUCUGGCUGUUCACAAGGACUUCCUGUCCAUGGUGGAAGAGCUGCUGCAGCCUGACCCUCAUGCUCAGCAUGAAAUCGGCCGCUGUUUCUUACAUUUUAGGAGCCAUUUCCAGAUUUAUGAUGAAUACUGUGGGAAUCAUGAGAAGGCCCAGAGGCUGCUGCUGGAGCUGAAUAAGAUCAGGAGUGUCCGGACAUGUUUACUGAACUGCAUGUUGCUGGGAGGCAGGAAAAACACAGAGGUGCCACUAGAGGGUUACCUGGUAGCUCCUAUUCAGAGGAUCUGCAAGUACCCAUUGCUGCUCCGAGAGCUGCUGAAGAGAACCCCUAAAAAGCACAGCGACUACGCACUGGUUCAGGAGUCUCUGCAGGUGAUGAAGGCGGUGUGCUCCAACAUCAACGAAGCCAAGAGACAGAUGGAGAAGCUGGAGAUUUUGGAGGAAUGGCAGUCCCAUAUUGAGGGUUGGGAGGGCUCCAAUAUCACAGAUACAUGCACAGAGAUGCUCAUGCAGGGGGCUCUGCUGAAGAUUUCAGCUGGAAAUAUACAAGAGAGGAUUUUCUUCCUGUUUGACAAGCUUCUGGUAUAUUGCAAGAAGAAAAACAGGCGUUUAAAAAACAGCAAGAUAACCACUGAGGGACCUCGAUACCUGUUCAGAGGGAGAAUCAACACUGAGGUGAUGGAGGUGGAAAAUAUGGAUGAUGGCACGGCUGACUAUCAUAGCAGCGGAAACAUAGUGAACAACGGCUGGAAAAUUCACAACACAGCCAAGAACAAGUGGUUCGUAUGCAUGGCCAAGACUCCAGAGGAGAAGCAGGAGUGGCUGGAGGCCAUUAUGAAAGAGAGAGAGCGGAGGAAGGGUCUGAGGCUUGGCAUGGAGCAGGAUACAUGGGUGAUGGUGUCAGAGAAGGGAGAGAAGCUCUACCACCUCAUGACCAAGGGUAACCUCAUUAAAGACCGGAAACGCAAGCUCACCACCUUUCCCAAGUGCUUCCUGGGAAGUGAGUUUGUAUCUUGGCUGAUGGAAAUUGGUGAGACAGGCAACCCAGAAGAAGGGGUUCACCUGGGUCAAGCUCUGCUGGAGAAUGGCAUCAUCCACCAUGUUACAGACAAACACCAGUUCAAACCUGAGCCUGUACUGUACCGCUUUCGCUCUGACGAUGGCACCUACCAUCCAAGAAGUGACAUGCACGAUGUCAUAUCAAAGGGUGUUCGACUCUAUUGCCGCCUUCACAGCCUUUUCACUCCCGUUAUCAGGGAUAAAGACUACCACUUGCGGACCUACAAAUCAGUGGUGAUGGCCAAUAAGCUGAUAGACUGGCUUAUUGCACAGGGGGACUGCCGAACAAGGGAGGAAUCGUUGAUCUUGGGGGUGGAGCUCUGCGACAAUGGCUUCAUGCAUCAUGUGUUGGAGAAAAGUGAAUUCAAAGAUGAGCCCUUACUGUUUCGCUUCUUUGCUGAUGAGGAGAUGGAGGGCUCCAAUACCAAACACAAACCCAUGAAGCAUGACCUGAAAAUAGUUGAAAACAUCAUCUCCAAGUCUCUCUUGAUAAGGCCCAGUGAUGGAGGUUACGGCUUUAUCCUGGAAGAGAGGAACAAGGUUCCCAUCAUCAAAUCUGUGGAGAAGGGUUCCCCAGCUGAGAUGGCUGGUCUAGAGGUGGGGAAGAAGCUGUUUGCUAUAAAUGGAGACCUGGUGUUCCUCAGGCCUUUCUCUGAAGUGGAAGUUCUCCUCAAGCAGUCUUUCAACAGUAAGGGACCCCUUAGGGUGCUGGUCAGCACCAAGCCAAGAGAGACGGUGAAGAUCCCAGACUCAGCUGAUGGGUUAGGUUUCCAGAUCCGAGGCUUUGGUCCAUCUGUUGUCCAUGCUGUUGGAAGAGGCACGGUGGCAGCCAUUGCUGGCCUCCAUCCAGGGCAGUGCAUCAUCAAAGUUAAUGGGAACAAUGUAAGCAAGGAGAGCCAUGCCAGUGUCAUUGCUCAUGUCACUGCCUGCAGGAAGUAUCGACGACCUACACAGCAAGAUACAAUUAAAUGGGUGUAUAACAAUAGUGAGAGCGCCCAGGAGGACAACCAGAAAACUAACCAGAAACCAAACCCUGGGGAGAAUGGAGAUGGAUUUGAGUGCAAAGUAGAAGAGGUGAUGGACAAGUUUAACACUAUAGCUAUCAUCGAUGGAAAGAAGGACCAUGUAAGUCUGACGGUAGAUAAUGUCCAUUUGGAGUAUGGAGUGGUGUACGAGUAUGACAGCACAGCUGGUAUCAAGUGCCAUGUGCUGGAGAAGAUGGUUGAACCCAAAGGAUUCUUCAGUCUCACUGCUAAGAUCCUGGAGGCGCUGGCGUAUAAUGAUGACACACUGGUGCAGAUGUGUUGCAAGUUGAGUUCCAGCUGUGAUGUGAUCCCUGAGGAGCUGCAGCUACGCUUCAGUGCCAUGUAUGGUGAGAGGGCAGAACACAUCAACCGGCGCAUCACUAACUACAGGAAGUUUGCUAGGGUAUUGAAGAACAGAGCAUGGCCCACAUUUAAGCAGGCCAAGGCUAAGGUGUCUCCCCUGCAUAGCAGUGACUUCUGCCCCACAAACUGUCAUAUCAACGUGAUGGAGGUCUCCUACCCCAAGACCACCACGUUUUUGGGUAGCGCCUUUGGUGUGCAGCUGGACAAUAGGAAGAACACGCUGGAGAAGGGAGGAUGCAGCAGUGCUCAUCUUGGUAAGCUAAACCCCAUGGUUAAUGUCCAGCACACCAUCACCACUAUGGCUGCACCAUCAGGUCAUAGCCUGGGCAGGACUGAGGGGCACGGCCUUCGUUUUCUGCUUAAAGAAGACGACCUGCUCACCCUGGAUGCUUACCAGAAACUCCUCUACAAACUCACCACUGUGGUCAAAGAGAUGGAGAUACAUGGUGCACAUAUUCAGGACCUGAUAUCUUCCAUCACCCACCCUACAGCGUCAGAGGCCAGGACCCCAGAAAGCUACAUUUCUGCUGAGAGUGAGGGAGAAAAGGGAGAGCGGAAUGGGAAGAAAGUGUGUUUUAAUGUGAUGGGGGAUGAACAGGAGGACUCUGGACAUGACACAAUCAGCAACAGAGACUCUUACAGUGACUGUAACAGCAACAGAAACUCAAUUGCUUCCUUCACCAGCAUCUGCAGCAGCCACUGUAGCUCCUAUGUUCAUAGUGAUGAGAUGGACUCAGGAGAUGAGAUGCCCUCCAGUGUGUGGCUGUCCCAUGAUAAGCAGAAGAAACUUCACAGCUUCCUUGAGCAUCUGUUUAGCCAGGUGGACUCAAUCACCAGCAUACUGAGAGGAGCAGCGGUGGCGCGGGCAUUUGAGCAGACCAAAUGUUUUACACCUGGACGAGCAUUACAAGACUCAGAGAUCCAGUUGCGUCGAGACAUGGUUUUCUGCCAGUCUCUAGUUGCAGCUGUAUGCGCCUUCUCAGAACAUCUACUGGCUGUCCUCAACCAAUUCCACAAGGUAGGCAGGGAGCCUGACCAGGACAGCUCAGACCCUCAGGACCUUCAGGAGGCUCAGGAAGCUAGCCACCGCUGGCUGGAGCAGAUUGCCACAGCUGGGCUGCUCUUCUACUUCCAGUCUCUCCUCUCCCCCAAUCUGACAGAUGAACAGGCCAUGUUGGAGGACACUCAGGUUGCCCUAAAUGACCUGGAGAAGGUUACGUUCUGCUUCCAGCAAUUUGAAGGAGAGCCACUGGUGGCCAAUGUGCCCAUUUCAUACCAGGUGGAGGGCACCCGCCAGGCCUUGAAGGUUUUGUUCUACCUGGAGAGUUUCUAUUUCACCCAGCUGCCUCACAGGCUGAAAAACGGAGGAGGCAUCAAAAUCUACCCGGUGCUCUUCACUCAAGCGCUGGAGAGUAUGGAAGGAUACUACUACAGAGACAGUGUUUCAGUGGAAGAAUACCAGGCCCAAAUUAACACUGCCUCAUUUGAUAAGGUCAAACAGUACCACAAGAGGCUGAGGGCUUUCUACCUAGAUCAGUCCAAUGUGCCACCCAGCUCUGCGCCUAAAGCUGCCCUCAUAGAUAAGCUGAUGCGUCCCCUCGGUGCUCUGGAGGAGCUCUACCGUCUGAUGGAGAGUUUUAUCAGUUGCCGCCGCACUGCUGCUUGUCAGUACACUGCCUGUGGGGCUUCUGGCGUGGGGCUGCUCACCGUGGCCUCAGAGCUCUGCUCACGUCUGGGAGCCACACACAUCGUCAUGUGCAACAGUGGCGUUCAUCGCUGCACACUGAGUGUGACACUGGAGCAGGCCAUCCUGCUGGCCCGAAACCACGGCCUUCCCCCUCGCUGCAUCAUGCAGGCCACUGAUGUCAUGAGGAAACAGGGGGCAAGAGUUCAGAAUUCCGCCAAGAACCUGGGCGUGAGAGAUCGCACGCCGUCAUCAGUUCCCAGGUUGUACAAAUUGUGCCAGCCUCCACCCCCAGAUGGUGACCCAUAAGGCAUUGCAUCCAGGAAAAUUCUGAAGAGUCCCAAACUUUCUGUUUUUGAAGGCUUUUCUCUAUCCACUAAAUGUCAACCUACAGUACUUAAAUCCAGUUACUGUUCAUUACAGCUGCCUUAAGUGUAAAUAGAAUAAGAAAACAGUAAAUAGUAUUUUUGAUAUUUUAUAUUUUUCACUGUUGUACUUUAUGCAUUUUGAUUUUUUUUAUCACAUUGUGUGUCUGAGAAGAAGUUUCAUAAUGAGAAAACAAAAGAUUUACACCCAGAGAAUGGAGCCAGAUUAGCUUAAUGAAGUGGAAUGAAUCCCAUCAGGUCACUGUCCCCAUAUUAUUGCCUGAAAUAUCUUUGUAUUCAUAAGAUUCAUUUGCAUUUCUUGUUAUUAGUUUAAUCUGCAUAUGAAAGAAGCAAGAUAAUAUCAAAUAAAAGCAUAUUGGAUGUAUUUUGGAAUUAUAUUUGUUCAUAUAAGUGAGUAAUUUCUGACAUCUGUGCUUUAUCAUUUCUGUCAGUAUUUGAAAACCAUAUACA